AUGCCAUCUCAAAACCAGGAAUCCCCUCGUGGUUCCCGCGGUGGAUGCGCGCGCGGUCGAGGACGAGGACGUGGACGAGGUGGACAUGGACGCGGGAAUGGUCAGGCUAAUACCACGAAUCAGGAAAACACGACUGCAGCGCCAGGAGCUACAGCUGCACCAGAAGUGAACCCUAACCAGAACCAAAGAGGACAGAAAACCAGCAGAAAUGGACAGAGAUUUAGCAGAGGCCGCGGAGAACCCUCGCAGAGGCAGGUGAUGAUGCCACAGUCAGAAUCCAGACAAAACCAAGCCGGAGAAAGUCAAAAGGCAUCUACCGAGAAGAAAAAGAAGAGCAAUAAGAAGAAGGAACCCGCACCAAGACCCUCAGACGCGACGCAGAACCCUACCAAGCACAAGACACCCAACAAGAAAGAGAACAAGCCAACUCCACCCCCAAGAAAGAUCAAACCAUCCCUAAUAACCCUCCCUCCGGAACUCCGCUGGAAAAUCUACAAUUACAUCUUCCAACCAACAUACCGCGUCGCGAUCUCCCGCCAAAAACCCAAAUGGACUCCUUCUCCCACCGACACGCGCAAACGUCUCUACCACACCCGUCUUCCCUACCGCAACCCCAAAACGCAACUUAACCCGCACGACUCGAAACACAGCCAAGUCGUUCGUCGUCAGAAUCCGCUCCCGAUCUCGCUGAUCUUCAGCUGCAAGGCCAUCUACCACGAGACGAUAUUGCAUUUAUACGCGAACACGCAGUUUGUUUUCAACAGCACUCGCGCGCUGGAUCGGUUCUUGCAUACGACUAGUGCCCAGACACAGGAAGUCAUUCAGCACAUAGAGCUGAAUCAUGUCAUGUACAAUGAGCCGCGGCUUCUGGGGUUCCGGGUAUUCAAGCACCGGUCUGAUUUAGCCUGGUACUGUGCUUGCGAGGAUCUGGCAGUUGCGUGCAAGUCGUUGGAAGUGCUGCACAUUAACAUGAAGAUCUGGGACUGGCCGAUACAUCUCGAGCUCGGGGAGCGGUGGUCGUGGCCGUUACUUGUGUUUGAGCGGUUUGGGAAUGAGGUUGGUUUUGCGAGUGUGUCACUUCAGAUGUGUAAAUUUGAAGAGGAGAAGUUGAAGGAGAUGAGCAGGGAGGUGGAGAAGAGGCUUAUGACGAGUGAGGCGUGGCAGGUAAGAGAGGAUGAGAGAAUGGCGAGGGAGAUUAAUGGGAAGAUCAAGGCGAAUAGGGUUCUGCGGGUUGUUUUUUAG